AUGUUCUUCUGCCCCGUGGUGCUAUUCGUGCUCACCCUUGCGCUAUGUUCCUUGAGCUCUUCGCAUCCGAGUCGUUUAUUCGGCACUCCCGAGCCAGGCUGGGCCAUCACGCCCGCUAUAUCCUUGCUUACCCAAAAGGUCCUAGCAGAAUGGGGCAUACAUGGAUCAGCAGUUGGCGUGGUGCAUCUGACGGACACCGGACAAGUAGAGACUGACCUUGGUAGCUGGGGAACCAUGUCUGAGGAUGGGAAACCGGUUUCUGUCGAUACAUUGUUCAGCAUCGGCACAUCCUCGAAGUCCUUCCUCCCAGCUGCAAUGGCUAUCCUCAUAGAUGACUUCGCUCGCGGGCGUAACAAUACACCGCUUCCAUCCGGGCUUGAUGUACUUACAUGGGACACGCGCAUCCGCGAGCUCUUCCCGGGUCACUCAGAGUGGGCGUUGCAGAACCCAAAUGCGCAAGCGAACGCAACCAUAAGGGAUGCACUCGAGCAGAGGGUAGGGAUACAAUCCAACCCCCUGUUUUUUGGACGAGAGGACAAGCCGUUAGACGUUGUCAUGAGGCUACGGCAUCUUGUGCCUUUAGGCGAUUCGCGCACAUUCACCAGUGUUAGCCACGAGACAUACACGCUUGCUGCACACAUCAUCACCACCUUUUCGGGCAUGCCAUACACGCAGUUUGCGCAGGAGCGCAUCUUUUCUCCAGUAGGCAUGUCUGCGACCACGUUCUCCGGUACAGCCGCCACACGUUCAGGCCUUCUCAGCGAGGGAUGGAAUGAGCACGGGCGGCGUGUACCGCACUGGCUUCCGGACACGGCGGAGGAAGUGAUGGCGGGAUCGCACGGGCUGAUCUCCAGCGCGCAUGAUCUGACGAAAUGGAUUGCAGUCUUAUUGAAGCACGGCGUAAAUCCGGGCACGAACGAGUCCGUGCUUCCGUGGUCUGUGCUUGUGGAGACGCUGGGCUCCCGCCACGUCGUCCUGCUAGAACCUAGUGACUACAUCGAGAUCCCCAAUCCCAUGGGCUGGAGAGAUACAAUGUACUUCUACGGAUAUGACGAUGAUAUAGUUAGUAACAUAAUAGUCGUGAAGUGGGCCGCAGAAAGCUAUGGCUCCGAACCCGGCGCCCGCACACAUAUUGUUCUCUCUCCCUCGGACAAGCUGGGUGUGGUGAUUCUCAUGAACGGUCAUAUGAUUCCGGGUACCCCAACUGUCAUCCAUAAAAUCAUAGAGGACCUCCUUGAUCUCCCCUCAAAUGCCUCGAGGCUUGAGACAUCCAUCCCACAGCCUCUCUCUUGGACCCACAUUGCACAGGAAGAUGCUAUAGAUCUUGUGGACAGCACGAGCCUCAACGUGACGGAGAAGGUACCGGAGGACAACAGUCCUCCAGAGCAGCGGCUCAUGACCAUCAACACACGAACAGAAACCUCGUGGUACUCAUUACACGCCGGCAAGCCCUUUGUCCCCCUGGAGCAAUUCGCAGGACAAUACGUCAGCCCCGCGUUUGGCACUCUCACACUCUGUGCACCCAACAGCAGCAGCGAUGAAUGUGCAGCUGUGAUCAGGGACUUUGCUACUUGCGGGGAGUUGAGGUGGAAUAUGCCUGCCCUCUACGCAGCAUGGCCGGGUGUGUUUGUGAGCCACCUGCGUUGGGAGCACAUAGGGAACAAUGCAUGGUCGGUGGUGCCGUUGACGCUCUAUCCGGAUGGCUUCGGGCGCGACCGGACACCAUUCACAGACUCUACGAAAGGCGAACAGGUGGCAAAGUGUGUCGUGCGUGAGGACCACGUGCUAGGAUGUGGACUCUGGGAUGCUGAUCAGCCAGGCCCAAAUGCGACUGUCGCAGAUGCAUGGUUUACAAAGUUCGCCUGA